ACAACACCGAUGAAACCUCUUCUCUUACCUGUCAAAGAUAAGCAAAAACAAAAACCAAAGAAUCGACCAACGUCUCACUCGGAGAUACGCCAUUUUCUUCUCCGAGAACCCUAUCCUUUCCCUGCAUUUCCUCCCGCAGAUCUUUGCCGAUACGUAUCUCUGCCUGUAUAAAUACGUUGGGUUUUUGCGUGUAUGAUGAUGUGAUGGAACAGAAGCAGGUGAUUUUGUCGGCAUUGAGCGUGGGGGUAGGGGUGGGAGUUGGUCUCGGAUUGGUUUCUGGUUCGGCGCUCGGCCGAUGGACCGGAGCUUCGACUUCUGCCGCGGCGGCGGCAGGAGGCAUCUCCGCCGAUGAAAUGCAGCUGGAGCUGCUUAGAUUGGUUGUUGAUGGAAAGGAGAGCAAAGUUACCUUUGAUGACUUCCCGUAUUAUCUCAGUCAGAGGACGCGGGUGUUGUUAACAAGCGCAGCAUAUGUUCAUCUAAAUCACUUAGAUGUCUCUAAGCACACUCGGAAUCUUUCUCCUGCCAGUCGGGCUAUAUUGCUCUCAGGGCCUGCAGAACUUUACCAGCAAAUGCUUGCUAAGGCUCUAGCGCAUCAUUUUGAAGCAAAGUUGCUACUCCUGGAUAUAACUGACUUUUCACUUAAGAUGCAGAGCAAGUAUGGUAUUGCCAAGAAAGACUCUUCGCUCCACAGGUCUAUCUCAGAAGCAACAUUAGAACGGAUGUCAAGUUUUCUUGGUUCCUUCACCAUUCUUCCGUCAAGAGAGGAUAACAGAGGCACACCAUGGAGGCAAAGCAGUGGAUUGGAUGCUACAGCAAGGAAUACUGAAGGAGUCAAUAAUUCUCUAAAGCCUCGAAGAUCUUCCUCCGUCUCUUCAGAUAUGUGUAGUAGCAUCAGUUUCCAGUCAUCCUCUUCAAAUGCAGCUCCUUCCAAGCGUGUCAACAGCUGGUCCUUUGAUGAGAAAGUUCUCCUACACUCGCUUUAUAAGGUGUUGGUUUCACUUUCUCAAAACAGUCGUGUCAUUCUCUAUAUCCGAGAUGUUGACAGACUUCUUCUCCAAUCCUCUAGAAUACACAAAUUCUUCGGUAGAAUGUUGAAGGAAUUAUCAGGAUCAGUUUUGGUUCUUGGUUCCCGGAUGUUGGAUCCUGCUGAGGAUUCUGUGGAAGUAGAUGACAGGAUUAGUCUUUUAUUUCCUUAUAAUAUUGAGAUCAGGCCCCCAGAAGAUGAAAAUCAUCUUGUGAGCUGGAAAGCUCAACUGGAAGAAGAUAUGAAGAAGAUCCAGUUCCAGGAUAACAAGAAUCAUAUAGCUGAGGUUCUUGCAGCAAAUGAUCUUGAGUGCGAUGAUCUAGGAUCCAUAUGUGAUGCUGACACCAUGGUUCUCAGUAAUUACAUAGAGGAAAUUGUAGUUUCUGCUAUAUCAUACCAUUUGACGAAUAAUAAGGAUCCCGAGUACCGGAAUGGGAAGCUUCUUAUAUCAGCUGACAGUUUGUCGCAUGGAUUAAGCAUUUUUCAGGACGGGAAAAGUGGCGGGAAAUAUACCCUUAAAAUGGGUACUAGCGGUGGAUUAUUCAAGGAUGCUGACGGGACAGAUAAUACUGGAUCAAAACCUGAAGCAAAGUCCGAAAACAAGAGUGAGGCAGAAAAGCCAAUAUCUUCAACAAAGACCGAUGGUGAGAACGCAUCAAUCUCUAAGCCCCUGGAAGUCCCUCCUGACAAUGAAUUUGAGAAGCGCAUAAGGCCUGAGGUUAUCCCUCCAAAUGAGAUAGGAGUUACAUUUGCUGAUAUUGGUGCUCUGGAUGAGAUAAAAGAAUCACUUCAGGAGCUGGUCAUGCUUCCUCUUCGAAGGCCAGACCUCUUCAAUGGUGGGCUUCUUAAGCCUUGUAGAGGCAUACUGCUUUUUGGUCCCCCAGGUACAGGCAAAACAAUGCUUGCCAAGGCCAUUGCCAAUGAAGCGGGUGCAAGCUUCAUAAACGUCUCAAUGUCAACAAUCACUUCAAAAUGGUUCGGAGAAGACGAAAAGAACGUUCGAGCUCUUUUCACUCUUGCAGCUAAGGUUUCGCCUACCAUAAUUUUUGUAGAUGAGGUUGAUAGUAUGCUUGGGCAGCGGACAAGAGUAGGAGAGCAUGAGGCAAUGCGAAAAAUUAAAAAUGAAUUUAUGACACAUUGGGAUGGGCUAUUGACAAAAUCUGGAGAGCGCAUUCUUGUUCUUGCAGCAACUAAUAGACCUUUUGACCUUGAUGAAGCAAUUAUUAGGCGAUUCGAGCGGAGAAUUAUGGUCGGUCUACCUUCAGUGGAGAACCGGGAAAUGAUAUUGAGAACCCUACUGUCCAAAGAAAAAGCAGAAGACAUAGAUUUCAAAGAGCUUGCAACAAUGACAGAAGGUUACAGUGGAAGUGAUCUGAAGAAUCUGUGUGUAACAGCGGCUUACCGGCCGGUGAGAGAACUUAUACAGCAAGAGAGACAGAAGGAUAAGGAAAAGAAGCAGAGAGACGAAGAGGGGCAGAGCUUUGAAGAUGCUUCUGCUCCCAAAGAAGAAACUAAAGAGGAAAAAGUAAUUUCAUUAAGGCCCUUAAACAUGGAAGACAUGAGACAGGCAAAGAAUCAGGUUGCUGCCAGUUUUGCUUCUGAGGGAUCCAUAAUGGCCGAGCUAAAGCAAUGGAACGAGCUAUAUGGAGAAGGAGGUUCACGGAAGAAACAGCAGCUAUCUUACUUCCUUUAGAUCAUCAGAAAUUUGCAUCUGGAGAUGAGCGUAUAUGACAAAUGCCUGGAAAGUAAAACGCAAGUAUUGGAUGAAAAUUACGAGCCACCAUUUGAAGGUUAGUACCUUGGAAGCGCGGCUUUUGGUCCUCUUAGCAAAUGAAUCUUAUUUGUCAUGUCUAGCUUAUAUUGUUCGGACUCGUAUUGGACUGCAUUCAUACAUACAUUGUUUUGAAGAAUUGAGACUGGACGAUUUAGCCAUGCCUGCUAGUAAUGUUAUACUUGCCAGCAUCAAGAAAGUUCAUGUGGAGACCCCAAAUGAACUUAUGGAGCGAAAUGUGCUUGGAAUGGUUUGUUUACAAGUUUAUUACAAUCUACAGAAGCUACAUUAAUCCGCAUAUUGUACAUUCAUGUGUAAAUCUAGUGCAAUUUUAGUUCAUUGGUUGUUCCAUUUUUGUUUCAAACUUUGAAAGUAAUCAAUCAUAUGGACUAUGAGAUUUGUUAUAA